AUGCAUUCCAGUGAGUCGGUUAAUGCUACAAUCUCCAAGAGUCUGGCUGAAGGACCCAAAAGAUUCCGUCCUUCGCUUGGAGUUGCUCCCUGUGCUGUGAAUGCUCCAGAUGCAACCAUAACCGUUUUCGACUUCAAGUCACAUGAGACCGCAUCGUUCGAGGCUGCUGUCAAUCGUUUUAAACAGGACAGAGAUUUCGACAUUAAAUAUCUGUCGGUUAAGCUGUCUGUAGAAACCGCACCUCUAGCUGCUGGCUCUCAGAUUGUUUGCAUUUUUGUCAAUGAUGUUGCAAGUGCCGAUGUUCUUACCAAACUUCAUGGACUUGGAGUAAAGUGUAUUGCACUGCGUUGUGCGGGUUUCAAUAAUGUAGAUCUGAAGGCUGCUCAUGAUCUUGGCAUGCAAGUUGUUCGCGUUCCUGCAUAUUCUCCUUAUGCUGUAGCUGAACAUGCAGCUGCUUUGAUUUUGGCUCUCAAUCGAAAAAUUGUUCAUGCUCAUAGCAGAGUUAUGCAAGGCAAUUUUUCUCUUGCCAAUCUUGUCGGAUUUGACUUGCAUGGCAAGACUGUUGGUGUCAUUGGUACUGGAAAGAUUGGACAAUGCUUCAUCAAAAUCAUGAUGGGCUUUGGUUGCCAAAUUCUUUGCUAUGAUUUGUAUCGCAGUACUGAAGUUGCUUCUUGGGAAAACGUUCGAUAUGUGGAUACAAUCGAUGAGCUUUAUCAAAAAUCACGAAUUAUUUCGUUGCACUGUUCAUUGAUGCCUUCUACUCGGUACAUCAUUAAUGCCGAGAGUAUCAAAAAGAUGGUUCCCAAAGUCAUGAUCAUCAAUACCUCAAGAGGUCCAUUGAUAAAUACAAAGGAUUUGAUUGAAGGACUCAAGACUGGAAAGAUUGGGUACGCUGGCUUAGAUGUGUACGAAGAGGAAUCUGCCUACUUUUUUGAGGACAUGUCUGACAAGGUCAUGACAGAUGACAUUCUUGCGCGUCUCAUGACAUUCAACAAUGUGAUCAUUACCAGUCACCAAGCAUUCCUAACCAACGAAGCACUUGAAGCAAUCGCUCAGACAACCAUGAAAAACAUUGGGGAGAUUAUGGAUCAAAAGACUGGCGCGGAUCUAACCAACAACGUCCAGUAA